UGCUGGACCAAAACAUUUAUCAAAAUAUUGAUAAUUUUUAUAUAUUUUAAUGAGUAUCUCUUGUUUAUUUAGUGAAUUCAAAUCCUAAAAACAAUGUCUGAACCGUCUAGUCAACAAAUUCCUGGCCUGGCGCAAAAGAAAGUGUUUAAAAUAAUAGUUUUAGGUGAUUCAGGUGUUGGAAAAACUUGCCUCACAUACCGUUUCUGUGAGGGGCAGUUUCUUGAUAAAUCUGAGGCUACUAUCGGUGUAGACUUCAGGGAACGAACUAUUAGAAUCGGCAAUGAAGAUAUAAAGCUCCAGUUGUGGGAUACGGCGGGCCAAGAAAGGUUCCGCAAGUCGAUGGUUCAGCAUUAUUACCGUAACGUGCAUGCAGUGGUGAUUGUGUAUGAUGUUACUAAGCCGGAGACAUUUCAUUCCAUAGUAAGCUGGAUGCAAGAAGUGGAGUCCCACGGGCUGAUGCGGUCGCCGCGCGUGCUGGUCGGCAACAAGUGCGACUGCGGCACGCCCGAGUCGCGGCUGGCCACCACGUAUGCGCAGCGAGCCGCCGACAAGUAUGGCAUGCCGUUGUUCGAGACAUCAGCCCUGUUGGAUUCAGAGUGUGACAAUGUGGAGUCCAUCUUCAUGACACUGGCCCACAAGCUGUACUCCAAGCAGCCGUUAAGAGUCGUCAGUGUUGCGGGCGAGCAAGGCUACGGCGUAGUGACGCUGCCGCGCCAGAAGAGCCGCCCGGCGCACGCGCACGGAGACAGCUGCCUCUGCAGCUAGGCCACGCCCCCUCCGCCUGCGAAGCCCCGCCCCCGCGCUGCCAAGCCCCGCCCCCGUCGCCUGCGCAGCCAGGCUUCGCCCACAGGCAUCACAGCAGCUAGAGUCCGCUAUAUACGUCCAAUACGUCCAUGUAUCCAAGCUUCCCGAAGUUGUGUAGCUGUUUGUUCUUCUCUUCAUUUAUCUUUUCUUAAAGGUUUUAAACCUUUGUUUGUCACCUGUCAUCCGCUUUGCAAUGAAGGGAAGUCGAACCUUAAUUUCGAACUCCUCCUAUGUUCUUCUGAUUAAUUUCGUUGCGGGUCCAAUGACAGUUUAACUUUCCCCCGGGACAAACUUGACCUUCAUUGGUUGGGUUUUUGUGGCGGUCAAGCUGUAGAUCCUGGCUACACAGGAGUUGCAGUGGUGGGAACGAGAGGUCGGAAUAGUCCCGUUUUAGCUGUUUGUUCGUUCGGUCGUUUUAGCCAAAGAAUGUCUAUUCCUGGACACUUAGGUACGAUGCCCAUUGACCGGCGCGCGUCGA